AUGUAUGCUGUCUCAAAAGAGAGGUGUGUUUUGAACACGGGGACGCGUUGUCGCCCGAAGAGCAUAUUUUUUUUUUUUGAAGGGCAGAGGUCAAGGAAGUUACUCUCUUUUCAUAGGAUGGCUUGGAGGAAAGAUUCUGCUCUUCGUGAUGGUUCUGAGCAUCAGGUUGAUUUGGUAGGUGGUUACUACGUCGGCGACAACAUUAAGUUCAGCUUUCCGAUGGCAUUUUCGACGACAAUGCUUUCAUGGAGUGUAUUAGAGUUCAAAAACUUCAUGGGCUCGGACCUUUCACAUGCUCUCGACGCUAUUCGAUGGGCGACAGACUACUUUCUUAAGGCCACAAGCAUCCCUGGGUUUGUCUUUGCUCAAGUGGGUGACCCCUAUGGUGACCACAAUUGCUGGGAGAGGCCAGAAGACAUGGACACCCCAAGAACAUACCCAAUGCGCGCAGUGAGCAAAAAAUUCCCGGGCUCAGAGGUUAAUUCGGUCGAGAUAGCUGCAGCACUUGCUGCGUCUUCCAUAGCGUUUAGGUCCAUUGAUCCUGGCUAUUCUGCAAGGCUUCUUAAAAGGGCAAGAAUGGUUUUCGACUUUGCCGAUAAGUAUCGGGGAUAUUCUUACAAUGACAAUCUUGGCCCAUGGAUGUGUCAGUUUUAUUGUGAUUACAAUGGUUACCAGGAGUGCAUGCAUGAUGAAUUGGUUUGGGGAGCAGCAUGGUUAUUUAAGGCAACAAAGGCGUCUAAUUACUGGAAUUAUAUAUGUAGUGGAGAAUAUAUAGAAUCUGAAGUCUGUUGUCAAAAGUAG